AUGAACUCGAUAGCAACACUUCCUACUCCCACGACCACCUCCCGAAAGCAACUUCCCUCAAUCGCCGAUCUGCACAACGUCAACAAUGAAGCUGAGGAUGAGGAUAUGGUCCUCGUGAAACCGCCUCCUUCUCCUUCGCCCUCUCCAAUGGACCUCUCCCAUUCCCGCUCUCGAACUCCCUUCGAGGACUUGCCGGACGAGGAUAAUUAUGGCCGGUCCAUGUCGGUCUCGACCUCAAUUUCGGCGACUUCUACCUCAGCCUCGGCUUCCUCCUCCAUCAAGCCUACCUCCUCAUCUGCCUCGACAGCCCCACCAUGGGCACCAUUUGUUCCAAAGGUCGUGUCGAUGUCCCACCCUCUCCUCGUGGUCGAUCCAGCGACGCUCCCCUUUGUCUGUGCGAUCGGUGAGUGCCGCAGAGCUUACUCGACCCACCAGGGUCUCCGACGACACAUCCGCGACCACCGAGAGGCCGAUCAAGGCGAACGGUUCUUGUGCACGAUCGACGGAUGUAACGUCAGUCUUCGGACUAAGCAAAGCCAGGCCGCCCAUGUACGCCUCUGCCGUCAAAAGAAAGCCGGGCUGACCCACCACUGUACCGAGCCCGGAUGUGACGCCGCGUAUGGGUCGACCGAGAACCUGUCGCGCCAUCGGUUGAAACACCAGCGGGGUUUGGUCGGGAUCAAGUAUCCGUGCACGUGGCCAGACUGUGACAAGACACUCGCGACGCCCAAGAGUCUGAAGGACCACCUCCAGAUCCAUGCCGAGCGCGAGGCCGGCAUCCGUCUCUUCUGCCCAGUCGAGGGUUGCGACAAGGUCUUUGGAACCAAUCGGUGUCUGCGAGCGCACGAGUUGCGAUGCAAGCAGGUCAAGUCUGGCGAGCGGUUGCCCUGUCCGAUCGAGGGUUGUACAGCGACGUUUGGGAGUACGGAUUACGUGCGGCGCCAUGUUCUCGACCACGAGAAGGGGCUCAUUGGCCAGGCCUUCAAGUGCGAUUACGGCGACUGCAAGGCGGUGUUGGCCAAUCCCCUGACGCUGCAGCGGCACAAACAGUUGCAUGAGGAGCAGUCGCUUGGAUUCGAGUGGAUGUGUCUGGUUGGAGACUGUGGCAAGGUUUAUUCGGGCAGCAAACAGCUCUCGGAUCACCAGACCAGGAUCCAUCGGGACCUAGGUCCUGACUAUCGAUUCGCUUGUCCCUACAAGCAGUGCGAUCAAGAGUUUGACUGCCAGCGCAUCGCCUACAAGCACAAGUGUCUCUUCCAAAAGAAACAAUGCCCCAUGGAAGGCUGCCCGUGUCUGUUGCCAAAUGCAGAGGCGCUGGAAGCACAUGUGUGGAUGCACAACACCCUCAAGACCAAACCUCCUUACCCAUGCUUUGAGGAAGGCUGCUCUCAGGUCUAUGAUACCAAACAUGGUAUCUUAGCCCACUCCUUGACCCAUCUUACCAUCACCACCACCCCUGCAAAUUCUUCUACUUCGGCCGCUGCUGAAUCUUAA